ACACAAUAACCACUCAAUAACACACCUUUUCAUUGGAUCAAAUUCUUGCUUCAUCUUGCAGGCAAGGCAAGGCUUGUCUUACUCCAUGCAAAACGGUUUUUUUUCUGGGACGGGGAGACGGUAAAUAUCAGGAAUUAACGGAGGAAUAAAUAACCAAGCAUCAGAACAAGAUGCUGGUUUGGGUGAUACGAACAGCUUUAUCAGCUGUUCUUGCGUCGGUGUGUUUCGCAGUUGAGGAGUGUCCAGCUACUGUCGAUGAAUGUCUCUACCAAAAUGUAGCCAUGUUAAAAUCGGCCAGAGUUGGCCCGACUGAUCAUUAUUAUAUCGGUGGAAUGUUUGGUGUUCAUGAACAGGGAUACGAUGCUUAUACAUGUAGCAGUGCUAUACGUAAACGAGGAAUUGUAAACUUAGAAGCGUUUCUAUGGAGUAUCAAAAAAUUCACAGCAUUAUAUCAGACACCUGGUAUAGAUGUAGGAGGUGUGGCAUUUGACAGUUGCAGUCGUAAAGAACAGACAAUUGAAAAUGUCCUGAGUUUCGCUCACUGUAAUCUACGCCCCAUGGGUGUUGACCGACGUCAUCUAUUGGCCUAUGUUGGCCCAGAUCGAAGCAGUGAAGCUUUGGCUAUCAGCGAUGUGAUGGCCGACUUAAAUAUCACUUACAUCAGUCAUGCUGCCACUUCCGCCGAACUUAGUGAUUCCACAAAGCAUCCUUUUUUCCUCCGUACAGUGCCAUCUGACACUCACGAUGCUAUUAUCAUGGCUAAUAUGCUCGGUGUGGCAGGUGCCGAAUAUGUUAUUCUCCUAUAUCUGGAUAAUGAUUAUGGUCGUGCUGGUUCGAUGAAGUUUCGAGAAGAGAUUAGUAAUAAGAAGGAUACCUGUAUUGGUAAAUCGAUGGCCGUAACGCCAUCACCAUCAGAUGUGGAGGUUAUACAGAUCGAACAGAUGUUAGAGAGAUAUCAAGAUAUGCGUUACGUAGCUCUCUUCAUGGAUGCAGCUCAUGCUAGCCGGAUCUUGGAAGCAGUGAACAGAAAACCUUCAAUUGCCAACAAGUUUAUCUUUAUUGGUACAUCAUCCUGGGGAAGAAGUCUAGAUAUCAGUGGUCUGACUCCUACCGUUACCAAUAGUAUCAUCAUGUCACACGUAGUAUCAGAUCCAUUAUACACAGGUUAUAUGAAUGAAUUUAAGACACAUUGGACAGGGCUAAGACCGGAUGCUCUUACUGAUGGGGUUGUCAAUCCAUGGCUUAUGGAAUAUUUUCAACAGGAAAAUAACUGUCGAUUUGACCUCAGUGGAGCCAGUAAAUGUAAUACAACAAUUAAUAAAUUUAAAGGUGAUGAUAUUGAUGUUUAUGUACCAUAUACCAUGAUGGCCGUAGAAGCCAUCAUUAAAGGCGUCAAAGCUGCUGCUGAAGAAAAAUGUUCAGGUAAUAAUCUGUGCUCGGAUCUUCUCAACCUCGAGAAUCAAGGAACUGUUAUAUAUGAGAAGAUAAAGGAGACUGGUAUGAAUGUAUUUAAUGUUACACGUGGCGCAGAUGGUAAAUAUAUCUCUGGGGAUGUUUCGCUCGCAAACUCUGCCUAUAACAUCUACACAAUCACAGGAACUGGUGGCUUUGAUUUGGUGUAUAAUUAUAAACCAAGUCAGACUGAAAAUAUAUUUGAAAGGAUGAAAAUCAUGGACAACAACAUCUACACUAAAGGAAGUUGUUCGGAUUCUCUCUGUCCUGUAUGUAAAUCAGAGACUACAAUGGCACCAACAACACCAGCAGUUACCACGCCCAGACCUGCUGACACAACAACCGAUCCUACAUUUGGAGGAACAAGAGCAAUGGUCUAUUAUCCAAUCAGGCAAGAGAUAACUGGGGCCUUCGCCACACAACCUCGCACACAAAAUGAAUAUAUGACACGAUUUGAGAUUGGUCAGAAGUGGAUAAUCCCUAUUGGGGUUCUCGCUGGUUUGGGUAUUUUUGCUGUCAUUAUUUUCGAAAUUUAUGUCAUGUAUAAAUUAUUAGGCACUCGCCAGAGUCAUAAAUGGAGGACCGUUUGGCUCGGUCAGCUUCUGUUAUUUGGCAUCUUUCUCAGCUAUUUAACGUUGUUUGCCUACCUCCCGAUUCCUACCAAGGCUACCUGUGGCAUAACCAGAUUUGGUGUUGGUAUUUCCUACGCCAUCAUGUUUUCUGUCUUGCUGGUAAAACUGAUGGUUAUUUUGACGUCGAAAUCGUCUGAGUCCCUUCUACCAGGCGAUAUAGAAUCACCAAAUUACUUAAAGGGCAUCUACCAGUUUUUGAUGUUUAUGUUUGCUGUGGGAGUGCAGGUUGUUAUUGGUAUCCAAUGGUUGAUCACCGUACCACCAGAAGCCAUUCAAGUUUUUGAUAAUCGAGGAGAACCAUACUGGAUCUGUAAUCAUUACACGUGGGCAGCUGGUUCGGGUUGGGAGAAUAUGGCAUUUUUUAUCAAUGAUUAUGGUUGUUUAUAUUUACAGCUACUUUAA